AUGUGUGCUAGUGUUGGCGAUUCAUUGCUGGAGCUCAAAGCCAACGAAGUCGCACCACUGUACUGCAACGCUGUCUUGAACAGCCCCCUCGUCCCACUGUAUGUUGGAUGGGAGGCAGAGUACUUCCACAUCCCGUAUAGCCUCUGGAAACCUCAACACACCCGACGUACUGCUGCUCAAGUGUACCCAGAGCUGAUACAGUCCUUGAUUCCAACCAAGGAUGUCUCCAGAAAUAAGUCUCGAUACCCCCGUCGUGUAAUGGGCGGAAGAGCUCUAUUGCAUCUGAGUCCGGGCGGGUCAGUAACAAACAUGUUGCGAAAUUCGGUUGGAAGAUUGCCAGAAAGCAUGUUGGAGAGCGUUCUUGGGGUCGACAAAAGAGAUCAAUUGUAUGUUGACAUGGGGUUCAUUCCCUCCCUAGCAUGUCGUCUGGAUGGGUUACAAGAUCAGCUUGUCACUCUGAUUAGCGGGACAGCUCAUGUACGCCCAACGCUUCCAGACGGGACUGCGAUGCCUGAAGCGGUGACUGCGGGCAAAGCUGCUGGAUUUACAGCCGACACUCUGGGAAUAAUUCGCAAUCACUGCAAUCCACUGCCCUACGGUGUUCACAUCUGCUGGGGACUUUCGUGCAGAGAUCCUGACUUCCAAGGGCAACACAGCCGCAAGAGUCGCUCACGUGAACCAACCUCCCAUGAGCGAUGGCCUUUUCGGGCCUCCUCUGGCGGAUACUGCCGAUCAGUGGAAGAUGAAUAA